CACUGAACGUUUUCAUAAAGCUUAUGUCAGUGGUUCUCCAACUGGGGGACCACUGUGUUUGUUGGUUCUCGUUGCAACCACAUUUGCCAUCUCAGAAUUUUAAGAAGCUGUUAAUUUUUUCUUCAUUCAGUACUUUAAUGGAGGAAUUAUUUACCCUGUUAAGACCCAUUAUGUUACAAAUGGCUAGGCAUGUCGCUAAGAACAAAAGACCCAUAUUCACAUUGUGCUUAUUAUGCUAUAUUGCCAACAAUUAUAUAGACACAAGUGACUAAAUUUUGUAACUGAUCAACUUAAAGACUGAACUAAAACAAUGGGCUCCUAAUUAGGUUGUGAAACAUAUGUUUUUGAGUUCUUUCAGAAUUUUUUUUUUUAAUUAUUAACGCAGUGCAGAUUUGGUUCAUUACCAUUUGCUUUGUCUUUGAAUUUUCAUAAGCCUAUCUACCAGAUGGCUAGUUUUCGUUACCGUGUGUACACUUUCACCAGUUAGGAAACUAUUGAUUCACUUCAGUUUUUCAUUUGAACAGUUUUAAAAAAUCACCUCUUUAUGUAAUCGUUUGCAUCAUAGCAGAAUGUAAAUAUGGGACUUUUAUCCUUUAUGUGGCUUAAGAGUGUAAAUAAUCCCUCUAAACAAGUAAGGCGUAAUUAAUAAAUAAAUAAAAAUUUAAAAACAUUUUUUAUAAGAUUGUUAAAAUUCUGGGAUUGCAAGUUUUCAUGAUAUUUAAAUCACCUGAUUGAUUAAUAUAGGCUAGUGCGAACACAAUAAGAUACAUUAUCUGAUCCCAUAGGCGUAGGUAAAUUUGGGGGACACACUGCACAAAAACCUCGGCGUAUAUCUGCUCCACAUCACGGUGCGUAAAGAUCACAAAAUCCACGCGUCGCUGAUUCAUGCAACCAAGCGCGUCUACAGGACGGUAGGGAUUAAGACAGACAGCUGGAUGGGAUUUGCUGUUUAGAAACUGUCGUUACUUUCUAACAACCUUUAAAUAGGAACCGAAUCCCGUUCGACUAAGUGGAAUGAAACUUAAGAAAAGUACAAAGGUGCGUUAUUUUGGGCCUUCUUCAACACAAUUUAUGAUACAUUAAUUGUUAGGUUUAACCGUUUGAACGUAACAUAAUGUUAUGUGUCCAGUAAUCAGCUAGUACUUUGCCGUGGAGCUAAAUUGCAAAUACAUUACCAUGACUGCUGUAAAGCCAUAACCUGGAGCGGUUGCAUUCUGUUGACACGCUGCAUUGUGCCUUGUAUUUUCAAAAUGAUCGGAAAAGUUGAUGAUUUCACACUCCACGUGUGCAGCUCUGUGGGUUGGUCGCCCUUCUGUGUUCUGAUUGGACACACCUUCUUCUUAGUCCACGCGCAUUUCACCCUAUCCUCGCUGUUAGGCGGAGUGAAUUGGAAGACGCCCUGCUAUUGGCUGAAUAUGAUCAAUUAGCCCAUGUAGUGUCAGGAGUGUCAUAAAACAACUACCUCGGAGCAUUAUAAAUACUGUACGGGAACCCCAAUACAACAUGAGUCUUGGUGUUUGUGUACGAGGUUUAUCAGAAAUAUGUUGCAGCAAGCUCUCCGAGUUUCAGGGCGAAGUGCCUCGCCUCUGAUAAAGUGGGUGGAGAAGUGGCUUGAAAGCGCGGCUUCCCCUAAGCGCGCCGAGACGCAUCAGGUGAAAAGUCUGGAAGAGAUGCCCGGACCCUCUGUUUGCAGUUUCGCUUGGGACCUUUUCGCUAAACGGGGGUUAUCUCGCCUCCACGAACUUCAGCUGGAGGGGCGCAAGCGGUACGGGCCGGUGUGGAAGGCCAGUUUCGGGCCGAUCCUGACGGUCCACGUGGCGGACCCGGCGCUGAUCGAGCAGGUCCUGCGGCAGGAAGGGCAGCACCCCAUGCGCUCGGACCUCUCCUCCUGGAAGGACUACCGCCAGCUCCGCGGACACGGCUACGGACUGCUCACGUCGGAGGGGGAGGAGUGGCAGGCGGUGCGCAGCCUCCUGGCCAAGCACAUGCUGCGUCCGCGCGCGGUGGAGGCGUACGACGGCAUCCUGAACGGCGUGGUGUCCGACCUCCUGGCCAAGCUGCAGCUGCGCAGCCAGCAGAGCCCCCGCGGCCUCGUCCGCGACAUCGCCACCGAGCUGUACCGCUUCGGCCUGGAGGGUAUUUCCUCCGUGCUGUUCGAGUCGCGGAUUGGCUGCCUGGACGCGCAGGUCCCCCCGGAGACGGAGCGCUUCAUCCAGUCCAUAAACACCAUGUUCGUCAUGACCCUCCUCACCAUGGCCAUGCCCGGCUGGCUCCACCGCAUCUUCACCAGGCCCUGGGACACCUUCUGCCAGUGCUGGGACUACAUGUUCCAAUUCGCAAAGGGCCACAUUGACCAGCGUCUGCAGGAGGAGGCCAAAAGGCUGGCCCGGGGAGAGGAAGUGGAGGGGCGGUAUCUGACAUACUACCUGUCACAGCAAGGCCUGCCGCUGAAGACCGUGUACAGUAAUGUGACAGAGCUUCUGCUAGCCGGGGUGGACACGAUCUCCGGCACCAUGUCCUGGUCGCUGUACGAGCUGGCCCGGCACCAGGGGGUGCAGGCGGCCCUGCGGGACGAGGUUCUCGGGGUUCUGAGAGGCCGGGAGGUCCCGGGGGCCGCGGACGUAGCUCAGAUGCCCCUGCUGAAGGCCGUGGUGAAGGAGGUGCUCAGACUUUAUCCAGUCAUCCCCGGCAAUGGCCGAGUCAUUACCGACAGAGACAUCCAAGUGGGAGGUUACCUCAUUCCAAAAAGUACCCUCAUUACUUUGUGCCACUACGCGACGUCCCGGGACGAGAAGAUGUUCUCGAACCCGGACGAGUUCCUGCCCCAGCGCUGGCUGCGGCGGGACCAGGGGCACCACCCCUACGCCUCGGUGCCCUUUGGCGUGGGCAAGCGCAGCUGCAUCGGGCGCCGGAUAGCCGAGCUGGAGCUCUACUUGGCACUGGCGCAAAUCCUGAUCCAUUUCGAAGUGAGGCCCGACCCGGACGCCGAGGCGGUCCGCCCCAUGACCAGAACGCUGCUGGUGCCGCAGACCGAAAUCAACCUGCAGUUCAUCAAACGCUGACCGCGCGGGUCGACCGCGGUCGUCAGAGGACAGCGCCAGCCUCCCACGUGCAGAGACAAGGGUCACGCUGACCGGAGAACCGAACACACUGACCCUGAGCAGCAGGGCAGGAAGCUGGUCAUUCGGGUGGGCGGGCCUCACCUCAACCUCAGCAAUUGGAACCACUUACUUUCUGCAGUGCAUUGUGGGCCAUGUUCAGCACGCGGGCAGUCUGUAACAAUUAUCAGAGGCUGUGCUCUGUGUCAUGAGGGGACAGUGACUGUGAUCUCCAGGAAACAAUGAACCACUAAAAACACCCUGACUGACAAAAUGGAGAAUGGGGUUUCAAAAUCAUCACUAGUGUGCCAUGCCUUUUAAGAACAAUCUUGUUUUAAAUUAUUAUGUUUGUAUUUAUGUGUGAAUGCAUUUAUGAGACAAAGCCUAGUGAGAUAUUUUAAGGACAGUGUUUUUGUCUGUGCUGUUUAGAAACUCUUUAGAAUUGGUAAAACCACAGAGCGAAAAUGGUAAGCUGUAAAGCUGGCUAUAAAAAAUCUAAUUUAAGACAUGUAGACAAUCUUUUAAACCAGCAAAUUCAUAAAGUUCUCAAGAUGAUGUCAUAUUGUUACAAAUGUUUAUAAAGUAUUCUUUAUAUUGAAUAAAAUGUGUGUGAGCGUGUGUGUGAGCGUGUGUGUGCGCAUGCGCAUAUGUGGGUCUGUGUGCCUCUUGAUUUUAAUAAAAUAUGAAAACUCUC